CUUCAAUCCCGGAAGUAUCCAGAGAUGACUCCGAGUGGAUCGAUUUGAAUAUUUUUAAGCAUAGCCACUGUUUGUUAAAGAAUAUUGCACUAAGGAGGUGAUGUGGUGAGCAUAAAGUGUAUUUGGGUUCGUUAUGACCGAGAAUAAUGGUAGCAAUGAUCAAUUUAUAAUCGAAUAUGCAGCGAGCCGUUUGUGUAAUCAUUGUUGGUACACGUAAUUUCGGUCAACCAAGGAGCGAUAUCACUUUUUGAGUUUCGCUUCUGAGGUAAAAUUCUAUGAUGAUCGAGUCGUCACUGUUUAUGUUUGCGAAAAUUUCAAUUUAUCUAAUUUUAUGAAACGCUUCAUCCUAACAUUUUGGUGGACAUUUUAGUGAGUUAAGUUUUAUUGUUAAAAUCUGUCUGUGUUAUGUUUAAUCGUGUCCGGCAGAAGAAUUUGAUUUUAAGUAUAGGCAAGUCGCAUAACGUUCUCUAUCAUACGUCAUACCCAAAGUCGUGACUGAAGUUAGGAAAGUUCAGAAAUAGUAACUUCGGGACGAUGUUUUAAAAUUGCUUGGGCUAGGGUUUAAAAAAAACUCGCGUGUUGAGUUUAUUCUUUAUAUUGAGUUAGUGUCCGGCAGAAACGUUAUAAGCGAGCCAUUAAAACAAAAUGAAAGUAAUAUAAAUGUUUAACCGGCAUUAACCUAUACAUUCGAAAUGUUGUAACGUUAGUACGCCCGAACAGUUUCACCGAUUACGUGACGGAGAAUAUAGCAUAAUUGCAAAGUAAUUUCAUCUACGGCAAUUGAGAAUGCAACUAUAUUCCUAGACGAAAGGGUAAAUAGUGAAUCUAUACAGAUCCCCACUCGCUCCAUUGAAUUGAGAUAUACGAUUACCUGUGAGAGUACACAAGAUCUCUGAACAGUUCAACCGAAGGGCAGAACCUGACUAUUAUAUUUUCAGAAUUAAUAAGUUACGUGAUUCAUACUGAAUGAUAUAUCGACGUUUUGCAUAAUUAUUCAUGCACGCGAGCGCUGGGAAUGAAGGUACCUCUAUAUUUUUCUGUGAUGAGUCUAGUUUGUUUGUUUGUGUAAUGAAUGGUCUUCUGUUUUAUGAUUUAUUUAUCUUUUUUCGAUUUGUUUUGAUUUUGUCAUUUGGUUUUUCCUUUCAAUUUUAAACAGCUAUGAAUAGGGAAUUUAGUUUGAUAUUGUGCUCGUCUCUCCUCAGUCUUGGAUGUUGUUUAAGUGGGUUGGUUUGUUUUUUUUCUGUUUUUUUUUUUUUUUGUUACAAUCUCAGAUAACCAACAGUGUCAUUAAAACGAAAAAUGAUCACUCUUUGAUUUCAAAGGAAAAUAUUUAAGAGGUAUAGAUUAUCGAGUACGUCAUGAUAGAGACCGAGACAGACUUAUACAAAACGCAAAAGAAUUUAGAGACAAAUUUUAGAGAUAAAUUUGAAAGUAAAUUAAAUUUUUUUCAGAUUUAUCUGGUACCAAGGAGAGAAAACUAUGGAUGCAUCGCUGGUUGCCUUCGUGCCGGUUCCAAUAGAGUUGAAAGGCCAUGUCAUUGGUAAGCAUCGAGUCGUGCUUAAUGAAAUGAUUGAGCUUUCUGGAACCACAAUUGAUCCCGGGAGCAGAGAUCAACCAGGGUUUACUAUAACUGGAAACGAAGAGGGAAUAGAGAUGGCCAAACAGCUGAUAUCUGAAAAACUGGUCAGUUCAAGACACGUUAUUGUGUUAAGAUUAACAUUACUUCAUAUUGUGUCCUUCGUGAAUUUUCACUUAUGUUCAGAAAUGUACACAGUAGGAAAAAUGUCAGAUUUAAGGAAAUUUCGUCAAAUCGAGUUCAUUGACUCGACGAUUUUGGCGAAUUUCAGUCAAAUUCGUGAAAGCGAAAUCAGCUUGGCGGAUUUCACGAUUUUGACGAACUUUCACCAUUCUUCGUAACUGCAUGCAUUUCUGGACAUAUCUCAGAAUUUUGACGUUGACAGCUCUUUUAAAGGCAGCUGACCAGAGCAAAACUACCUCCGUAAAUUUCAUUUUUGCAGGAGGAGCUGAAAGAUAAUUGGGACGAGCUGAUUGAAAUUCCAGAUAGACACAAAGGCAGGGUGAUUGGGAAAUGGAAAACUAAGUUACGCGAGCUAGAAACCGAAACAGGAGUAAGACUUUUUGUCAAGGAACGAGAGGUAUAUAUAGUCCGUGGAACAGAACAACAACGGCGACGUGCAAAAAUUAGCAUUGGAAAAAUUGUGGUAUGAACUAAUUUAUUCCUUGAUAAUCAUUCACAAAGCGAGACCGCUGUAGGAGCGUGAUUUAGGAUAGUCUUGCUGAACUCCGGAGAGUAGCAGCCUAAGAAUGAAAAGAGAAAAAAACGAUGGCAUUUAUCAAGUGUGGUAAACAGGAGCCGCUUAUUGCAAACUGAAUAGUAAACCCUAGAACUCGUGCCCUUUUUUCGAAGAAAAAAAAAUGUGUUUUCUGUCUGGUAACCACUUAGAGCUAACUCGAUAAUUCGCCAAGAUACGUGAUGUUUAAAAUCCUGCUUCUGGUUAAAUGUAUCGUGUUUUCUUCUCCCUGCGUCAUGUCUUAGUAUGCCCUUGAAAUGGUUUCUUCGGCCUUUUGUUUGUUUUAUGGGCCAGUAACUGUUGAAGACAAACCUCUUGGAGUUCAAAAUUUUUAAAUGAAACAUAACAGAACGGUGAAUUUUCGAGAAAAAUAAAAAUAGUAAAAAAAUUCUUAAAAUUUAGGGAAAAACUCAGACUUUCAGCUUUCUGUAAAUUGAUUCAAUCCUUGAGGAUGUCAGGGUGGGUAAGGUGAGAAAGCGAUCAAUUUUAGGGCGUGAACGAUGCAAGCAUAUGUUUUAAUGUUUGUCAGCUGUUCAAAUUAAUUAAGUAUCAAAAGUUCAAUUAUCAAGGUGUUAAAUUUCCACAAAAAGCGUUUAUCGCCGUUAGUCUCUGCCCUUUAUCAGAAGGAGAGAAUACACGCAGAGCACGGUGAAAAAUUUUGGCUGACCAAUUCCGGUUUAAUUAAUCCUCAGCGAAAAGUGAUCUAAAGUUCGGACCGUGACUGAGGUUUCUUUAUUUUCAUUGUAAACUAAUUGAUUUAUCACAAGCUGAAUACUCGUGUCGGGUUUAAGCCAAUAACUGUGUUUGCAAUGUGCUGGUUAAAAACCUACUUUGUGAUUGCAUUUACCCUUUUUCUGAGCACUGGUAACGAUGCCUUUAAACCACCAGGCUGAAGCAAGAAUGAAGGAUUUUGAAAACGAACUUUAUAAAGUUUGCUCCUAUGUCGAUGGCUGUCAUCUUCCUGUGAACUGUAAACUCAAGCUUGAGGAGACACCAGAAGAGGAUCACACCUAUUAUCGGCUGACGCCAGCUGAGCACUUUGAAAGGGAGGUAUGUUUCAUGUGAAACUUCCGCAGGGAACAACGAUGCACAUGUUUGAACACGUUAAACCCGUAUUGAACUGGAAAUGGACGGAGGAAUACUGUGAUAGCUGACCUUUUCUGUGAUUUAUGCUCGGCGUUUUGAAUUCCAUGCUUAUACAGACUACGAAUUUCAAACCAUGAGAUCCGAGCUAUCAAUACCCAACCGUCAUCCCAGGUCUCUUUUUCCGCCCCUUUGACAAAUUUCAAAAAUCGUACGCUGUAUCAAUUUCAUUAUUUUAUCGCGAAUUUACACUCUUUACUCCAAACGCAAAUUUAAAUCUCGGCAGGAUUCCUACAAUAACUGGAACGACACCGUGUAUCAAUCAAAUCUUGGGGAUGAAGUUUUGAUCUCUCUAAGGAAGAUUAUAAAUAACGUGGAAACAGCUGAGAAUCCGAAGGUCGACAUGUGGUGCCAUUUAGGAACCUCCCUUAUUAGAGCACCUGGUGAAGGUAGUGUUCAUUUCUCUCUUUCAUUGAUGAAUAUCAAAAAUCCAUCCUGUUCAAAAGUUUUUUUUUUUUCUGCUAUGUUGUCUCUUCCUUGUCGUCCUUCUCGCCGUUUCUCCUUCGCGUUCUCUGUGAUGUUCUCUCUUUUUUGUUUCCCGUGUGCACUUUGCAUUUCCUUACUGAUAACACAGACCUGGCUGACUUGUCACACCUCGCGAGACUUACAAAGUGGUUUAUUUAUCAACACAUUUAAAAUUUAAGUGUCCUUUUUGAUAUUGUAGAAGACGUUCUCCAACAAACGUGGAGUAUCGAGGAGAUAACAGAAAAGUUUCAAAAGCCCGAUGAAGGGGAAAGUUUUUGGAAAGUUUCUUUUACCCAGCGAGAUGACAUUCCAGAGGAUAUCUUUAAAAGAAAUGGCUACGUAGAGAUCACUGAAGACGACGAAUAUAUCUCCAGAUAUGACCUGACAUAUCUGACACCCUGCUUUCAUAAACUUAGGUGUAAGGUAAGUUACAGAGAUCUUUUGUCUCUUUUCUUCCUGGGCAGACAACGAACGUGUGUAAUGCGUAAUAGAACUCCUAAGUUCUUUUGUUAUAUUUUUACACUAAACUCAAUUAAUUUGCUUUGCCCUUUGACGGCUUGUCCCUAGAUGGCCCAUUUAUUGACUAAGCGAAUGAAGAAUUUCCACACCGAUCAUGCUUGUGCGAAGGGAGAGAUUCAUUUGAACACGAAGUAUUUGACGCAUUUUUCAAGGUCACCAGCACGUUUACUGAAUUUCUUAGGGGCACUACAUUCUUUUGUGUUUUUUUUUUUUUAUAUUUGAUAUAGUUUACGGCGGGAAAGCGUACAUUAAUACUCAAUAUCCAAAAGUAUGUGAUAGCCGUCCAAACUUCACAAUCAAUACAGUCACUAGGGUAAUUUAGUAUUAUCAACUGAGAUGAUAACGAAAUUGACCACCGUAUAUAGCUGACGUUUCGAGCGUUAGCCCCUCGUCAGAGCGACAUUCACUCUAACGUCGUCAUCUCACCGACCCAAACUGCAAAAUCAUGUCUGAGAGACUGAUUAGGUUGUUUGCUAUACGGCAUGCUGCUUAUAAGUGACUGGCUGACUUAAUGACCAACUGGCUGACUGACAGUUUAAUUUACUGACUCACCGACUGAUCAAGGCUGGCUGAUGGAAUAACCGACCGACCGAUCGACCGACCGACCGACUAACUAACGCACUGACUGACUCUCUCACUGACUGCCAGACUGACAGGUGGAAGGACUGACCGAAAUGACUAAUGAAAAAACGACCGGACAGAGAACCAGAUAGAAGGACAGACUGGGACACAGUUUCUCUCUGUUUCCACGUCGGUUUUCUCUCUCCCAAACUAUAGGUGGGCCAAAAAUUGAAUCAUAAAUCUAAACCCCAUUACAUACUGUGCUUUUUCCCCUUUAUUAAUGUGACAGGUGUGGGUGGCAAAGAGUAACAUAAAGAAAAGGCUGGAAGAUAUACCAAUCCCUUUCAGUGACGUUAAAAAUGUACUGGAGGAGAUUUAUUUCGAAGAUGAUUUGACACGAGCACGCUGUCGUGGAUGGCUCGUACUUAAAUCUCGAAGGCAUUUGCAGAGCGACAUUCUGUUUCCUGGCUGCGAGCUAGACUGCAGGUUCACUAUGCGUGAGCGAAGAGGCAAGACUCACAAUUUGUGUUUAGUUGUGAUCGUUAUAGUCAUAUGUAAUCAUCAAUCAUUUAUUUGUUCAUUCAUUCAUUAAUUCCUCUAUCCAUCCUUCUAUCCGCCUGUUUGUCCUUCCAUUCAUCCCAACAACCAUUCAUUCAUCUUUUUUCAUUCAUCCUUGCCCUGAUUAGCUUUCGAAGGCUCUUUCCUACGGCACCAUGGCAUUGUUUUAUACAGAAAAGAACAACUGCAUUUAUGCAACUUCGAUAGGGUCGUGGGAAGUGGUUUCCAAACCGGAAGCAAGACAGAAUUAAUGAUUUUUUUCUCCGGUUUUGAAUCAUUGUCUAUCAUAACGUGAAUUUUCCAUUCCUCUGGUGAUAGAUCUCUUAAACUUCCAUCCACGCAAUAGAGACCGGCUGGUGACGCAAAAUCAGCCAAGAAAACCCUACAUAUUUUAAACAUACUGAGAUUUACACGCUGAAAGAAGGCCGAGUAAAUUUUCUUCUCUGAGUAAGUUUGCGUCAUUUACUGCAUAACAUCUUCCUCCACUUAAAUCACCUGAUCUAAGAUUUACCAUCUUCAUUUACACCACAAUCAAACUUAAGCAUCCUAUAUUCACAUUCCUAUGUCCUUGAUAGGCAAGCACUUCUGUUUCCCAGAGGCUUUCAUUCUUCUUUUAACCAAUUACGUCCUUCAUUUUUCGAUACAACAUUCAUCCAUAAAUCUUUUAACCAUGUAUUCGUCCUUCCCAUUUUACUGUCACCGUUACCAAGUAGACUUUUGAUGCGAUUAAACAUCGCACCUUCAUAAAGACUAGUUGUUAUAUCUAAUACAUGUGAAAAUGACAAUUUUUUAUUUUCAGCGUCUAAACAAUCCGAAUCUUGUCUCACUUCCAUCACGCACCACGUCCUGGUCAAGUGUCAAUACGCAACAACGCUGCUCAGCAAUAACUCAAAACAGAAAAAAACCGAAAAGGGCCACGUGUGUGUUUAAUUUAUAACGAAUUGCUUUGGAAUGAAGUUCGCUCUGAAUCCUUCCCAUCUCACGAUGAUACAGCUCUAUGAUUUUUGCAUGAUAAAUUGUUUAUUUUCUACCUCUAAAAAUAUUGCACAAAAGUAAAUACUGUGAAACAUUUAUCUUCCCAUAGAUUAUGCUGUUGAAAGAGGAGACGUUCCGAAAAUCGAAGUGAGACGCACUUUGUCCACAUACCUUUCUCGAUUAACUUGGACAGAUGAAGAUGCCUUCGGAUUACGUCUUCCAGAUCACAAUUUUCCUGAGGGAUUUCACUUACUCCAUAAGCGUUGCUGUAAGCGAAAAAUGUACAGUACGCGUCCAGGAUUCUCUGCCAUAAUUUCGCAGGAGAACUCAUGGUGGACUGACCCUUCAGGAAAUGAAACAAACAGAGAAUCGGUAAACAUUUAAUUUUUUACUACUUUGAAUCUCAUGAAUUUUACAAAUAAUGGCAUAUUUUCUGAAGAACACACUGUCGAGUCCUAACUCUAUCUUUCUCUGUUUCCAAUGGGUAGACCGACCUCCAUCUACACAGCGAAGAGUGCGACAAACUCCUUAGUAGCUCAGAUUGGCAACCGGAAAUCAUAGUUCAAAAGUUGCCUGCAUUUCUUGAAUUUGUAAAGGAAAUUCAAGGCUAUGUCGUGCGGGAAAUGAAAGAAACUGGAUCAACAAGAACAGGUUAGAAAACACAUGCUACCUUUUCAUGUAUCUCGUCGACAUGAAAAAGCAUCGGAUUCCAUACCAACUUUAUCCCUUUUAACGCCGGAUUCCUAAAUUGAGCUAUGUCUUCAUACAAAAACAUCACAAAUAUUAAUAGAGAAAAGUCCCAAGCCUGCAUUGCAAUCAGUGCAUAAUCUCAAAGGAACUGGGUCAGAGAAUUGGUUUAAACUCGUCUUUAUGUCUCAUGAUGAGGUAUCAACCGUCUACCUUAGUUAUUAAAGGCAUCACGGCGAAAAUAGUGCCAAUGAGACCUAGAAGAAGCCCACAAAUAAUUCGGGAGAUUGCAGUACCUUUUCUUUCAAAUAGGACCUUAUUCUGGGUAGCCAUUGUUCUCGUAGCGAAUAUUCUGAUUUUUGUAUUAAGAAGUAUCGUAUAUCAACAUACAUAGCAUAAAAUGGCAAUCAACUUCUUUUUCCUCUCGAAAAACUUUAGUUAGAACCAUCGGACUUAAUAUUCUGCUUUGACUCUGAGCGUGACACCAUUUCUCUUGACUUCUUAUAAAGAAGUGUUCUUUCUAUUAAUUCUAGCUUUUUCAUCAUACAUUCAUUAUUUAUUUAUUUAUAUAUUAUGGUUGUUAUUACGAAAUUUUUUCAUUGGAUCUAAUCUACAUGAUGAUGUUCUGUUGCCUUCGAAAAUGCAGUUCCUCCGGAGAUCCUUGCAAGGGGCCCUUCAGCCUUAAAAGCCUACUAUGACGCAUUGGACGAAGGAAAAAUCUGUGACAGGAGAGUACCAUUGAUGUUGGUUGGACAAGACCGAUCUGGAAAGACUAGCUUGAAGAAAUCGCUAAAGGGAAUGUGUUUCGACCCAGAAGAGGAGAGCACAGUGGGCAUCGACUUAGAUCGUUACCAUUUUCAAGUGACAACAGAAAUGUGGACGACAGGGAAAAAGAAUGAAGAAGGAGACGUUGAUGAAGAAGCUAUUUCAUUUGAAGAAAACGUAGCACGGUUGGCUGCUAAUACGUUGAAGAAGACAAAAACUGUCUCUGAGUUUAGAAGCGAACACAUUGCUGAUGAAGGAGACUAUGAUCUUGAAGAAACUGAUGAUCUCUUGGAGGUAAUCCCCAGUGACAAAACAGUUGGCCCAGAGAAAAUCGAGUCAACAGAGGCUCGUUUAUCCACUGAACAUAGCACGGGUGAAAUUCUCAAAGCGGUAGGAGAGGCUCCUGACCAGAAAGCAGAAGAAAAUUUACCUUAUCUCACUCCAGAACAAGAAUCAGAAUUUCAAGAAAUUGCUUCAAGAAUUGAACGCAAACUCAAACUCGAGGAAAAAGAAGAUGAAGAUAUCUACUCAAUUCUGUGGGAUUUUGCCGGACAGUCCGUUUAUUAUGUGACACAUCCCCUCUUUCUCACUGCAAGAGCAAUUUACUUUCUUGUUUAUGACCUCAGCCAAAAUCCAGACGAAAAGGCUAAGCCUCUCGUGAAGCAGGGAGUGUACAAAAAGUCCCAAGACAGUUUCAACCUGAAAACUAACUUGGAUUAUCUAGAUUUCUGGAUGAAUUCAUUGGCGUCCUUAGCCUUUCAACACCCAAGCCAUGGGGAGGAUCUAGAACCUGGUUCUGAUGUUCUUCCCCAGCAACUUCCAGUCGUUUUUUUAGUCUGCACCCACGCUGAUAAACCUUAUCAUGGCAGAGACCCAUUUGAAAUUGCGAAUGAAGUUUAUGGGACAUUGAAAGAGAGACCCUUUGGUACCCAUUUGUUUGACGUGUAUUGUGUGGAUAAUACAAAGUCAGGCAGUGAGUCUGAGUGUCAAGAAGUCAAGCGCUUAAGACAGGAUGUUCUUUCUGUUUCCAAGGAAUUGCCACAUGUUAAAGAAGUAAUUCCUGUUAAGUGGUUAAAGUACGAAAAGACACUUGAAUGCAUGAAGAAAGAAGGGCAGAAGUGGAUUUCACUUGCUAAAGCAAAGUGCGUUGCAUGUGAUCAAUGCGAAAUCGAGAGUGAAGAUGAGUUUAAGACGCUGCUCAACUUUCUGCAUGACCUAAGAAUCUUGAUCCAUUUUGAUGACACCGCAGAGCUGGAAGAUAUGGUGGUCCUGGAUACUCAGUGGUUGAUAGACGUUUUCAAGAAGGUGAUAACUGUAAAACCCUACCACUGGAAAGAAAAGCCAUUUGUAGACCUAUGGUGUAGGCUCGAAAAGGAAGGAAUCUUGGAGGAGAAGCUUUUAGAACAUGUCUGGAAACCUUUGAUUCUCCACAAAGAAACAUUUGAAAGUUUAGUUGCAAUAAUGGAGAGAUUUAGUCUGCUAUGUUUAUGGCCCUUACCUGAUGUUUCCGGUAAUAAACAAUACCUGGUACCAUCAAUGCUGAAGUCACAUCCACCAGAAGCUGUCAUGAAGUUGGUGUCAACUGCACAUAUGCCUUCUCUUGUUCUCAAAUUUGAAUCUGGUAAAGUGCCUUCUGGCUUAUUUCCUCGACUAGUGCUGCAGUUUUUUCUUUGGGGAAAAGAAAUGUUUUGGAGCUCAGCAAAACCAAAGAUGUACCACAGCUUUGUCAGGUUUUUUCUGUCAAAAGAUGCUGGAGGUUCUGUGAUUCUUCUUUGUCACUCGUGUUACAUUGAGGUUGUCUAUCAUCGUGGGAGUGUAGACGACGGAUUAGGAAAUGCUUUACGGUGCCAAAGGUCGAUGGAUAUCUGUUAUAAAGAACAUGAAUUAACGUGUGUCCGUGUCAUCUGUAGACAGUUUGGUUUGAUUCUGGAGUGCAUGCGUAAUCAGUUCUGCUGGUUGAACAGUAUGAGAUACACAAUGGGUAUCAUCUGCCCGGUUUGCCGUGAACAAAGUGCCAAUGACUACUGCGAUAAGCAUCAGAGUCUAGAUUGCAAAGAAGAGGACUGCCUUCACUUUUGGCCCCAGUCUGAUUUGUUUGCUUCUAAGGGGGAAGUCUUUUGCGACAAAUCGGUUUGUGCGCAUAAUAGUAGAUUCAGCCCUGAGCGCUGGGCUCCUUGGUUUCCACCUCAGGAUGAUCAGGUAAUUAUCAUUACGAAGCUGCAGAAAAAACAAGUAACUCUACUAUUGCAGGUCAAAUAAUGUAAUUUAGCUAAGGCAUAUACAUCGUAAAUCAGGGAGUGUAUUAACAUAGUUUUCAAUCUUUAAAGACAAAGAAAUUGAAAAGGCUCUUUGGAAUAUGUCUAAUUCUUGCAGAAUUUCCGAAGAGUUUUGGGAGUGUAAGAGAUGUGUUCACACCAUUGCCAGAAUAUAUUUUAUGUAAAGGUCAACAAAUUAUCAAAACGCAGUGUGGUAACAACAAAGCAUGAUAUCAUUAUAUAUUCUGGCCAUUUUUGAACCACAAUUUUAUAAUUCUCAGAUCGUGAAAUGUGAGAAAAUUUUUCAGUCCUCUCCCUUUUUUAUAUAUCAUAGGUGUCAUGCAGUAACUACUGUGAGAACAUUUUGUCUUUGGAUACAGGUGAGCUUCCUACCUAGAAUUGCAUGUUUAAGACAAUCGACGCAGUUUAUCGUCUACAGUGCACCAAAAUCUCAAAUCACUCUGCCUAGUUGUUUAUGAACAAUAUUUCAAAGCCAUUUUUCAUACUGGUUAAGAGUAAGUGCAGGUUCUCGUGAUGCUUGAAGUAUCCUUUUAUAUUCACUCAAAGUGAAUCCACUUUGUCACUCUCAAAUGGUCGUGUUUGCGUACGCAAUUGCGCGGUUCUCAAAUUAGUCUAUUCCAAGGCGCUAAGAACCUGGCUAGAUAGUUAUGAUGUCACACAUUCUUCAAGUUUUCAUAAACUUGUAUCCUUAGGAUAUAAAGAUGGAACCCUUUCUGUUCCUGUUGAGAUUCUAGACUCCCUUUUGUCACCGUCGAAUGAUUGCAAAGAUGUUGUACAACAACUGAAGGACAAAUUCAAUCUGGACCAAGUUGUUUUGCGAGAUCCCGACCCUGAUAAAAUGAAGCUGACUCGUUACUUGGCCAGAAAGGCUAACAUCGAGGGCCGCUAUGAUGUGAUUAAAGAGCUGAGAAGUCUUGUGCCAGCAGGGACCACAGGUAGGUUCGCUUUCAAAACUUUCCCUACGGUGUAAAAACUCAAAUUUACCAAGAGGUCAUUUUUAUGCAGUCGAAAUAUUGCUCUGAGAAAAAGAAAUAUAUAUCCAUUCCGAGUACAGUACAGACUUAUUCCUCUAUGGUCAUGGGUUAUCCUAUAUAAUAUAUCAGAAUAUUUAAAGUCGUAUUGGCUCUGUUUGUAAACCAAAUGUUUUUCAUGUACAUUACGGAUUCGCCCUUCUGUCAGGUUUUCAAAUCUUACAGCAUAAGACUUUCGCGACAUUCAGAUUUUCAAACUUACGACACUACAAGAUAAUAACUAAAUGGAGAGACGAAAACUAACAUAAUUGCGGUGACGCAAAGAGUAAGUUUCUCGAACUUAACGUCAUAUCAUAAGGUGACUUAAUUGGAAGAGGGUUAUUUGCCAUUGUUUCAGCAUAUUGAAAUUCAUGUGUUCCUAGUAAGCGUGACUUUUUCUUUAGAGUCUACAACAAUUUUCAAUGUGAACGGAUUUUGCGGUCAAUUUACUCAAGACGAUAAACUCCCAUUUAAGCGUGAACUGCCUGGAGACAAAGUGAGCGCUUUCCUGUCACUGUAGAUAUACUGUCCCGCAGUUGUCCCGCAGUUGUCCCGCAGUUGUCCUGCAGUUGCGUCUUUGUUCAUUUUGAACAUUUUGUUCUUGAACCCGACCUUUUUGGGUUGUUAGGUGUUGUGCUUUUGGAUUUCAUUAUUUUUUUAUAUACAUAUCUUAUUUCUUUUUGCUAGCUCCUCUGUUGUCUGAGAGACUUCCCAUUCAACAAAUACCUAUCAGCCAGCUGAGCAAGCUCACCGUUGCCCUAAGUGGUAAGGCUAUAAAACAAAGCAAAUGAACUUUUCACAUUUUAUUAGUAAAAUAGGUUUUAUAGGUUGGAAGUAUAAGCCAGUUUUAUUUUAAGCUUUUAUGGUAGCGUUCGACAAAACUCGCAAAAUAUGUAAAGUAAAAGAUGACGAAUGUACUUGUACUAUCUCAAAAACCAGUUGUGUUGAUAAAGCGUGUUUAUUUCUGUAGUUUCAGACAAGUGGAAGCUUUUUGCCGAAAAACUAGAGCUGACCCCAGACGAAAUUCGUUUCCUUGAUCAGCGCACCUUGAAUCCAGUUGAUGCUGCCUUGAAUUACAUUGCAAAAAGACGUCCACUUACUGUGGGAGAUCUUUACGACCUAUUAAACGACUGUGAGCUACCUGUCAUAGCUGAUAAGCUCUAAGAGUAGAUAUUUUCCUUCAUGGAAUAUUAGUUUCUUAAACUAAGAGAAAAUUGAUUUUUUCACACACAAAAAAAACUACGUAAAUAAAUCUUUUUUAACUCUUUCAUGUAUUUGUGGGUCUUUCAACAAAAAUCAACUGAGAAAAAAUAAGAAAAGUCCCCAAUUUAAGUCAUGUCAAUCAUUGUUUACAACUUAUCGCAGGGUCUGUUUAAUUUUCAUUACUUUUUUCCUUCUCUUGCAUAG